AUGGAUUCCAAUCCAUUGAACCCCGACGUGAAGCUGGAGAAGAAUUCAGCUGCCAAAUCCGCAGUACAWCCACAGAGCGAGAUCUUGCCAGGUGAUUCUGCAGUGACAAAGGCCGAGCAAGUUGAGCGACAUGGUGCGGUGGACGAGCAACACGAAUUCGACGAUUCGCCUAGGAAGCGCGUGAAGCUUGAGGAUGACCGUACUUCUGCUCCAAGAACGGCCGCGGCAACUGAAGCGGGAUCUGAGGACAGCCAGUCCCGCCGAAAAGGUGUCACGCCAAUCAAGCCGGAGUUCCUGGUGGAUGUAAAGGCCAAUGCUGAGAACAGGCAUAAUUUUGACGACGACGACGCCGAAGCCGGUGGAAAAGGGAGAUCCAAGGACGAGGGCACAGCUGGACGGGGAGGCAAAAAGACCAAAGGUGGACAGAACAAGGGCAGACAGUUUGGCAGCAGUAGGGAUGAGAUCCAGCUCUGUCGGUCGAGAGAGUCUGCAAACGAGUUCAGCCCUGCGCCAUGUCCAUUUGCGCCCAAAUGCAACAAGGAGCACGACCUUCGAAAAUACCUCAGGGAAGGCAAACGAGAAGAUUUGCAGACCUUCAAAGGAGCCUGUCCCAUCUUUGACGUCAAAGGCAAGUGCUCAGCUGGAUGGCGGUGCAGAUUUGCAGGUGCUCACUCCAAGGAGAUCGAGCAUGACGAUGGAAGGAAGGAGCUCGUUCAGAUUGUCAAGGAGGUCAGUGGUGGCAAUGCCGAUCAAGCAGAUGCCACCCAGAAUUGGAAAGAUGACGAGGAUGCGACUGGCGUUGUCAACAUUGUCUCAAGCGAAGCCAAGAUCAAUCUUCGCAAGAAGAAGCACCCCCUUCCGAGAGCUGAUAAGUAUACACAGUGGUUGAACGACAGGGAGAAGGAUUAUCAGCGGAACACAUCCUACUCGAAUGGUGACGACGUGGAACAUGAGAACAGGGCUGACUACUUCGAGCCUCCACUUCGGCCUUCUGAAAAGCGACGGAUUUACUAUGGUCCAGAGACGCCUGUUCUUGCACCUCUGACCACGCAGGGCAAUCUUCCUUUCAGACGACUUUGCGUCGAACUCGGCUGUGAGCUCACCUGGUCUGAGAUGGCGAUGRGCCUCCCUCUCUUGCAGGGAGAGAAGCAAGAAUGGGCAUUGAUGAAAGCUCACGAGUCUGAGAUGGCAGCGCCUGCAUACUACCCGAAGAAUAUCGUCCAUGGGUACGAUAACAGCAAGGACAUUCGCUUUGGCGCUCAAAUCGCGGCCAACAAGCCCUGGCUCGCACUGAAGACGGCAGAGGUGUUGAGCGACCUGUGUCCUCGCCUUCGUGCAAUCGACCUCAAUUGUGGCUGUCCCAUAGACUUGGUGUGCAACCAGGGAGCCGGAUCACAAUUGCUCGAUGCUCACGGCAAGCUUGAGAAGAUGCUCAGGGGCAUGAACGCGGUUUCGAAAGAGGUCCCCAUCACAGUGAAGAUCAGAACAGGAACCAAGGACAAGGUUCCAACAGCCGAGAAACUUUGCAAGCGCUUGAUGCUCGGUGAUCCCCAGGAGCCUGAGCUUGGACCAGCUGGUGUGGCAGCGAUUACGCUUCAUGGCAGAUCGCGCCAGCAACGUUAUACAAAGGACGCUAACUGGGAGUACAUUGCCGAGUGUGCAGCUCUCGUCAAAAAUCUGAGGAAGAAUCGUGGUGAUGUGACAGACACCAUUCGCGAGCCCGACGCACGUGAUCUGCCUGCAGCCAACGACGGUAUGCCGUACUUUGUCGGCAACGGUGACAUACUGUCUCAUAUCGACUAUAACGACCACAUCGAUAACGCAGGAGUGGAUGCCUGCAUGAUUGGUCGCGGUGCCUUGGUGAAACCCUGGCUGUUCGAGGAGAUCUCCUCCAACCAAUAUCUUGACAAAUCUGCAACAGAGCGUCUCACCUACAUUGAGAAAUUCGUUCGCAACGGAUUGGAGUAUUGGGGAAGUGACGAGAUUGGCGUGGGGACUACGCGCCGCUUCCUCCUGGAAUGGUUGAGCUUCAGCUGCAGAUAUGUUCCCAUCGGAUUGCUGGAGUACUUGCCGCCCAAGUUUGGCGACCGCCCACCAGCAUAUCGUGGUAGGAACGAGCUCGAGACAUUGCUCAGUAGCGCCAACUACAAGGACUGGAUCAAAAUCAGUGAAAUGUUUCUUGGUAAAGCUGCUCAAGGCUUCAACUUCCAGCCGAAGCACAAAAGCAACAGCUAUGAGAUUGAGGCCGAGGGAUAA